CCCAACAUUUCCCUUCUAACCUGUACCAUACUCAACGUGUCUUACAUCUCUUGCUCCCUCUCCAUUUUUCAAGAGCUCUGCCUUGUAUAAGACUCAAAUGAUAAUAAAUGAGCUGAGCAACACCCACACUAGGCUUAAGCCUCUCCAACACAAGCAUUGAUUUUCCUUCUGUUUUGUUCUCCUCUGGUUUUCCUAGCCGUCAGUAAACGGGUAAGCGUUGGGAAAGAAGACAGUGGGUGGCUGGGGAAAGAUCGAGCUUGCUUUGGAUAGUCUUCUUUUUUGGUAUUUUUGAAACUAUGGAACGGUAUGAGAUUUUGAAAGAAAUUGGGUCUGGGAAUUUUGGGGUAGCCAAGUUGGUUAAAGAUAUGUGGACCGGGGAACUCUUUGCUGUUAAGUUUAUUGAGAGAGGCCAGAAGAUUGAUGAACAUGUGCAAAGGGAAAUCAUGAACCACAGAUCACUGAAGCAUCCUAAUAUUGUUAGAUUCAAAGAGGUUGUGCUAACACCAACACAUUUAGCGAUAGUAAUGGAGUAUGCUGCUGGAGGUGAACUCUUUGGGAGGAUAUGCAAUGCUGGUAGAUUUAGUGAGGAUGAGGCAAGGUUUUUCUUUCAGCAAUUGAUAUCAGGGGUCAGCUACUGUCAUUCAAUGCAAAUCUGUCAUAGAGAUCUUAAACUUGAAAACACACUCUUGGAUGGCAGCACCGCACCACGUGUUAAAAUAUGUGAUUUUGGGUACUCAAAGUCAUCAGUCUUCCAUUCACAACCAAAGUCUACCGUAGGGACGCCAGCUUACAUUGCACCUGAGGUCCUUUCUAAGAAAGAAUAUGAUGGAAAGAUUGCAGAUGUUUGGUCCUGUGGUGUCACCUUAUAUGUGAUGCUAGUUGGGGCUUAUCCAUUUGAAGAUCCUGCUGACCCGAAAAAUUUCAGAAAAACAAUUGUGCGGAUACUUAGUGUCCACUACUCAAUUCCUGAUUAUGUUCGAGUUUCAAUGGAAUGUAGACAUCUUCUAUCUAGGAUAUUUGUAGCUAACCCCGAAAAGAGAAUAACAAUCCCAGAAAUUACAAACCACCCCUGGUUCUUGAAGAACUUGCCUAUAGAACUGAUGGAAGGUGUAAGCUGGCAGAGCAAUGAUGUAAAUAACCCAUCACAGAGCAUCGAGGAAGUAUUGUCCAUUAUUCAGGAGGCAAGGAAACCUCUCGAGGUCCCCAAGGUUGGUGCGAAUAUCCUUGGAGGCAGCAUGGAUCUCGAUGACUUGGAUGAUGAUGCAGAUCUUGAAGAUACAGAAAUAAGUGAUUACAGAGUCUUAUCAUCAAGAUCUCUGUUGAGAAUGACUUUCAAAUGCAAGAGACAGGCCUUUUUUGAGACGAGCUGUUGAGAAGCCAGAAGGGAAAUAAAACGCUUAAAUAUACACAAUUGAUGUUGGCUUUGCCAUUAGCCAUGAUGCACCUGGUUGGGACUUGAAACCAUAGAGAGACCCUUCCAUUACUGGAACGAUGAUCCCUUUUACAUCCCAAUGGGCUUCGAAUAUCAAAACUUUAUUCAUUGAAAUUCUUAUGCUCAUAUAAUAUUUUUAAAUAUUAUUUAUUGUUUUUUAAUCAUUAUUUUUUCAACAUUUCUUAAUAAAAAAAUUUAAUAAUUCAAGAAUUAUUUAUUAUUUUUCACUUAUCUAUCAAUCACUUAAUCCCAUAUUAAUGACGAAAAAAGUAAUCAUGUUUAAGUUGUAUAACUAUUCUUUUAAAAGAGUAUAUUCUUCGGUGCCUCGAUGCACUGCGUUUUAUCCUUUAAUUACUUUGCUAUAUCUCGUUCAAAUUAUACAUCGGGGGAGGGUACAAAGGAGAAAAAUGUUAGCAACUAAACUACUAUUAUAUUAUCGUAUGAGAACUCGUUAUAUGGGCCGAGCUCCCCAUUGUUCUCUGCUCUCUAUAGUUGUGGACUACAUUUGUUAUUAUUGGGCUCUGCCUUGGCCCAACAAAUAAUCAAAUCAUUUUUAAAAAUAAAUAAAUAAAGAGCGGCUCCGAGGCCGAGCGCAUUGUACAAAACCCUAAAAUCAGAUCGAACGAGGCAGUCUUGAUUCUUUCGCUUUCUCGCCUUCGUUUGCAGCCGCCUCUGCUGCCUCAACUCGUUCCCAGUCCAGCAGUACUCCAGAGUUUCUCUCCUCGAAGAUGAAGUUCAACAUUGCGAACCCUACUACGGGGUGC